CCUGAAGGAGCCGUCUAUUUUUCUGGAUCAAACAUGAAAGACCUCCUGAACAUUCCCCUCAUACGUAUCUUCACCCUGGCAGCCUUCAGCUUGGCCGAGAAGCUUCCAAAAGCUCCCUUUAUCAGCACUCCUCUGGAAACGGUGGAUGCACUGGUGGAGGACGUCGCCAAGUUUGUGUGUGUCGUGGAGUCGUACCCUGAGCCAGAGAUCACAUGGACACGCAACAGCAUUCCCAUCAGGCUGUUCGACACCAGGUACAGCAUACAGAGGAAUGGGCAGCUCCUGACCAUUUUGAGCGUGGAGGACAGCGACGAUGGGGUGUACUGCUGCACAGCGGACAACGGGGUUGGAGUGGCUGCACAGAGCUGUGGGGCUCUGCAAGUGAAAAUGAGACCCAAAAUAAUCCGACCUCCUAUAAAUGUGGAAAUAAUAGAAGGGUUAAAGGCUGUUCUUCCAUGCACUACAAUGGGGAAUCCAAAACCUUCUGUUUCAUGGAUCAAAGGAGAAACAGUUGUAAAGGAAAAUGUUCGCAUUGCUGUCCUUGAUUCAGGCAAUUUAAGGAUCCACAAUGUCCAGAGAGAAGAUGCUGGGCAGUAUCGAUGUGUAGCCAAGAACAGCCUGGGCACAGCCUAUUCAAAACCCGUUACAGUGGUAGUGGAAGUUUUUGCCAGAAUCCUGAAGGCUCCUGAGUCCCAUAAUAUCACCUUUGGGUCUGUGGUGACGUUGCGGUGCGCGGCAACAGGCAUUCCAGUCCCCACUGUCACCUGGCUUGAAAAUGGAAAAGCUGUUUCUGCAGGAUCUAUAGUGGAAAGUGUCAAAGACAGAGUGGUAGACUCCAGACUGCAGGUAUACGUCACCCGACCUGGCCUGUUCACUUGCCUAGCCACUAACAAACACAGCAAAACCUUUGGUGCCGCAAAAGCUGCAGCGACCAUCAGUGUUUCAGAAUGGAGCAAACUAUACAAGGGUGAUGCAGGCUACUGCAGCACGUACAGAGGUGAGGUGUGUAGUGCUAUCUUGGCGAAGAAUGCUCUUGUUUUCUUCAACUCCUCCUAUGCUGACCCAGAGGAGACCCAAGAGCUGCUUGUUCACACUGCCUGGACUGAACUGAAAAUGGUGAGUUCAUUCUGCCAACCGGCUGCUGAGUCUCUGCUGUGUAACUACAUCUUCCAGGAGUGCAAUCCCUCGGGAGCUGGGCCGGCUCCAAAACCAGUUUGCAGAGAGAAUUGCCUUGCUGUAAAGGAUCUCUACUGCUUUAAGGAAUGGCUCUCAAUGGAGGAAAACUCGCAGAGGGGGAUUUACAAGCCGGGGCUGAUGCUUCUCACCCUUCCUGAAUGCAACAAGCUGCCCAGCCUGCACCAGGACCCCAGCGCCUGCACCAGGAUCCCUUUCUUCGAUUUUAAGAAGGAGAAUAUAACCAGGACUUGCUACAGCGGCAACGGCCGGUUCUACCAGGGUGUUGCCAACGUCACGGCCUCCGGCAUCCCCUGCCAGAAGUGGAGUGACCAGGUUCCUCACUUACACAGAAGGACUCCUCAGGUCUUCCCUGAGCUGUCUGAUGCAGAGAAUUACUGCCGCAAUCCAGGAGGUGAAAAUGAUCGUCCCUGGUGUUAUACAAAAGACCCGUCUGUGAACUGGGAGUACUGCAGCGUGUCUCCUUGCGGAGAUGCAUCAUUAUCAUUAGGAACGAGAAAACCAAAUGGAGAAACUCCAAAUCUCCCCGCUCCUCCUCCCUUUUCCCCGACCUACUCCAUGACUGUUAUCAUUUCGAUCAUCUCCAGCUUUGCCCUGAUAGUGAUCCUUGCUAUUGCCACCCUGGUUUGCUGCCGUCGGCGAAAGCAAUGGAAAAACAAAAAGAGGGAGUCAGAAACGCCAACGCUUACCACUCUGCCCUCUGAACUCCUCUUGGACAGACUGCACCCCAACCCCAUGUACCAGCGGAUGCCCCUUCUCCUCAAUCCAAAAUUACUCAGCCUGGAGUAUCCACGAAACAAUAUUGAAUACGUGAGAGAUAUUGGGGAAGGAGCAUUUGGCAGAGUCUUCCAAGCAAGGGCUCCAGGACUGCUGCCUUAUGAGCCUUUCACAAUGGUGGCAGUGAAAAUGCUAAAGGAAGAAGCGUCUGCAGACAUGCAAGCUGACUUUCAGAGGGAGGCAGCCCUCAUGGCAGAAUUUGACAAUCCAAACAUUGUCAAACUUCUAGGUGUGUGUGCUGUUGGGAAACCGAUGUGCCUGCUGUUUGAAUACAUGGCCUACGGGGAUCUUAAUGAAUACCUGCGUGACCGCUCCCCGCGCAACCUCUGCAGCCUGGUGCAUGGCAGCCUGGACACGCGGCUCCGUCUCUCCAACCCCCUGGCCCUGUGCUGCACCAGCCAGCUCUGCAUUGCCAAGCAGGUGGCUGCCGGCAUGGCCUACCUCUCCGAGCGCAAGUUUGUGCACCGCGAUUUGGCCACCAGGAAUUGCCUGGUGGGGGAGAAUAUGGUAGUCAAAAUUGCCGAUUUUGGUCUCUCGAGGAACAUGUAUUCGGCGGACUAUUACAAGGCGAAUGAGAACGAUGCCAUUCCCAUUCGCUGGAUGCCCCCCGAGUCCAUUUUCUACAACCGCUACACCACGGAGUCCGACGUGUGGGCCUACGGGGUGGUGCUGUGGGAGAUCUUCUCCUACGGCAUGCAGCCCUACUACGGGAUGGCUCACGAGGAGGUCAUCUACUACGUGAGGGACGGCAACGUCCUCUCCUGCCCUGACAACUGCCCCCUGGAGCUCUACAACCUGAUGCGCCUGUGCUGGAGCAAGCUGCCCUCUGAGCGGCCGAGCUUUGCCAGCAUCCACCGCAUCCUGGAGCGCAUGUACGAGAGGGCAGUGGCUGCCGCGCAGGUCUGAGGGGUGCACUCUGGAGGGCCCUUUCUCCCGCGUACCCUGCCUCGGUGGCGCCGCGCGGGCAGCCGUCAGCGUCAGCAGGGCGGAUCCACCCCGGUGGUCUGAUGCGGUUCAGCCUGUGGUGGAGUGGACUCCCAAGCCGCGGCUCUGCACAGGGAGCUCCUCUGCAGAGCCGGGCCCAACGUGCUUAAUCUGCCAAAGGGAAAGGGAAGAAGCUUUCUUUCUUGAAGGGGUGUCUGUGAGCCACGGUUACAUUAAAGGAAGAGUGCUUUAGGGAGAGCAGAAAUAGCUUGUUCCUCUGUCGAGCAAAGAGUUUAGAUUGUAUCUCCCCAAGGUGGACUAUACCUUCCCUACUGUAAGACUAAUUUCCAGUCACGACACCUGGUCUCCAUCAGGUUAGAGACGAUCCUGGCCUUGCUAACUCGGUACUUAUAUUUGGAAUGUCAAACAGUUUGGAAUGUCAAACAGCAGCAAACAGUUCUCCCAGCAAAGCAAACUAACAUUUUGAUGUCUGCACUUCCCUCCCUAACAAUUGUCUCCAUGUACCUUUACAUUUAUGCACUUGGCUUUUACCCUUCCUCAUGUGUUUUCAACCAUCAUCUUAAAAAAAACCCAAAAUCACAGAAGACAAGCCUUUUUUGGAUUUUCUUUUACUAUUUUAUUUUUGCAUACUCACUUCCUUUUAUAAAAAAAGGAUGUUUUGAAGCCAUAGGCCACCCGCUUUUUCCUUUUGAUUUCCUUCUUCUCUUUGGCACUUAUGAACAUGACUAACAGAAAAAAACAAGACCCCAAAGGACCACCAGCCGUAGCCAGCAUAACAUGUUGCAGAGAUGAGCAAAUUCCCACGAAGCACAAAGCCUUAUAUUUUCCAAAGAGGGAGCCCCACAGUGAGAUUCAGAGAUAAUUUAUUUGAUUUUUGCCACGAUCUCACCCCAAAAUUUAUCUCAAGUAUAACAACCAAUUUUUCCUGCCUCGCCCUUGCAACAAAGCUGUUUGGUGCUAAGGGAGAAAUUCAGCUUGAGGGUCUGGUCCCUGGAGGCACGUAUUCUCUCAGGCAUAUUUCAUGCCCUCUGACUGCAGUACAGUUCUCUCUGCACCAAGAGCUGGGCAAAAAUGCAGCUUCUGUAUUCAAAACUUGCACAAAUGUGUGAAGCAUCAGUCACACACAUCUCGUUGUGACAUGCAUAUCACUUUUAGUGAGAAAACAUGCUUUCUUUUUAGAGAACAUGGCAGGUCCUGUUCUUUAUUUUUUUCCUUUCCCCGUUCUAUUUUUGUCUCAUUUCCAUUUUCUACUUCCUUACAUCAGCUCCUAAUCCCUGUAUGUCCUGUUGCAGCAUUCACUGACUAC